AUGGAGAUGGGUUAUUGGGUGGAAAAUAGGUGGGUUUGGGACCUUAAAUGGAAAGAAAGAAUUUCUGGUGAAGAUACUUUGAAACUUGGUGUUAUGAAGCAGAUAAUCUCUUCUUACUCGCUGAUCAAAGGGAAAAAAGAUACAUGGGUGUGGACUUUGGAAGGCGAUGGCCAUUACUCUGUAAAGUCUGCUUAUGAUCUUAUCUCUGGCUUGGAUACUACAGCUGGUGUAACAGUAUUCAGUAAAUUAUGGAAGGCGUGUGCACCUUCGAAUGCGGUGGCAUUGGGCUGGCGUGUUCUCUUAAAUAGAUUACAGACAAAGGAAAAUUUAGCCCGAAGAAAUAUCCCAAUUGGCAAUCUUUCCUGCCCUUGGUGUGGUUCAGAAACAGAAUCUACUUCUCAUCUGUUAUUCACGUGUGGCUUUGCGUGGAAGGUAUGGACUCUGCUGCUUCGCUGGCUUAAUUUGGUGCUGGUGCUCCCUGAUGAACCGAGCUAUCACUUUGCCCAAUUCGUGGAAAGCUGUUCUUUAUUGAAAAGAAAUGCAUUAUCAGCAGUGUGGUUGGCUUCAGUGGGGAUGUUAUGGAAUGGAAGAAAUUCAGUCAUCUUUAGGGAGGAGACAGUGGAUACUAAUGACUUGAGUGAAAGGAUAAAAUUAAAAUCAUGGAAUUGGCUCAGGGCUAGGCAGCAUGAAUUUCAAUACUCUUUUUUUGAGUGGUGUAAUGAUCCUUUGCUUUGUCUACCUUGA